CCCCGGACCUCCACGGACUGGCCCUUUCGCCCCUGCCCACAGGUCCUGCAGUUUCUCUCCUCACCUGUGAACCCGCGCUGUACGCGAGAGGACCGCCGCCUCUGUUUGGAAGCUGAGAAAGUUACUCCAGCGGGUGGUUGGUGCUCACUUGGAAGUCCAUCAGCAGGCCUUGUGGAAGUCUGUCCCGACACUCCAAGGAAAGAUCCCCGGGAAACCUACAGGGACUAUAUCCGCAGGAAAUUCCGGCUGAUGGAGGACCGCAAUGCGCGCCUCGGGGAAUGCGUCAACCUCAGCCGCAGGUACACCCGGCUGCUCCUGGUGAAGGAGCACGCCGAUCCCAUGCGGGCCCAGCAGAAGCUUUUGGACACAGGCCGGGGACACGCGAGAGCCAUGGGACACCAGCCCAGCCCCAUCCAGAUAGAGACCGUCUUUGAGCCAGACGAGGAGCGCCCAGAACCACCACGCACCGUGGUCUUGCAGGGGCCAGCGGGGAUGGGGGAGUCCAUGCUGGCCCACAAGCUCAUGCUGGACUGGGCGGACGGGAGGCUCUUCCGAGACAGGUUUGAUUAUCUUUUCUACAUUAACUGCCGGGAGCUGAACCGGAGCGCGGACGAGCAGAGCCCGCAAGACCUCCUCUCCGGCUGCUGGCCGGAGUCCAGGGUGCCCCUGCGGGAGCUCGCCUGCGCCCCCGAGCGCCUGCUGCUCAUCCUCGACGACUUCGACGAGCUCAAGCCUGCUUUCCACGAUCCCCAGGGACCCUGGUGCGUCCGCUGGGAGGAAAGACGUCCCACCGCGCUGCUCCUUGGCAGCCUGAUUCGGAAGAAGCUGCUGCCCGAGAUGUCCCUGCUCAUCACCACGCGGCCCUCGGCCUUGGAGAAGCUGCACCGCUUGCUGGAGCACCCCAGGCACGUGGAGAUCCUGGGCUUCUCCAAGGAGGAAAGGGAGGAGUACUUCUCCAAGUAUUUCCGCAGUGCGGAGCAGGCCAGCCAAGUCUCGAGUUUCGUGAGGGACAACGAGCCCCUCUUCACCAUGUGCUUUGUCCCCAUGGUGUGCUGCGUCAAGCAGUAGCUGGAGGGCGGGGGCCUCUUGAGACAGCCUUCCAGGAUCACCACCGCCAUGUACAUGCUCUACCUCCUGAGUCUAAUGCAACCCAGACCAGGGACCCCGACCCUCAAACGCCCUCUUAACCCCAGGGGGCUGUGCUCUCUGGCAGCAGAGGGCCUGUGGCAUCAGAAAAUCCUGUUUGAGGAGCAGGACCUCCAGAAACACGGCCUGGAUGGGGUGGAUGUCUCUGCCUUCCUCAAUACCACCCUCUUCCAGAAGGACAUAGACUGUGAAAAGUCCUACAGCUUCAUCCACCUGAGCUUCCAGGAGUUCUUUGCGGCCAUGCACUACGUCCUCGAGGGUGCAGGGAGUGGGCCAGGCCCAGGCCAGACCCUGGCUGGGCUGUUGACUGAAUAUGGGUUUUCAGAAAGGAGUUUCCUUGCGCUCACGGUCCGCUUCCUGUUUGGGCUACUGAAUGAGGAGCUGAGAAGCCACCUGGAGAAGCAUCUUUGCUGGAAGGUCUCCCCGCACGUCAAGAUGCACCUGCUGGAGUGGAUCCAAAGCCAAGCUGGGAGCCAGGGCUCCACCCUGCAGCAGGGCUCCCUGGAACUCUUCAGCUGCCUCUAUGAGAUCCAGGAGGAGGAAUUCAUACAACAGGCCCUGAGCCACGUCCAGGUGGUGGUGGUCAGCGACAUUGCCACCAGGAUGGAGCACAUGGUCUGCUCCUUCUGUGCCAGGAGCUGCAAGAGGGUCCUGGUCCUGCACUUGAAUGGAGCUGCCCACAGUGCCGACCAGGAGGGCAGCUCCAGGCUGAAGAGGUGCUGCUUCUCCAGCUCUGCCUGCCAGCACCUGGCCACAGCCCUCACUGCCAACAAGAAUUUAAUCAGGAUGGAUCUGAGCAGCAAUAGCCUGGGGCUCCCCGGCAUGACCUUGCUCUGCGAGGGGCUGCAGCACCCCCAGUGCAGGCUGCAGAUGAUUCGGCUGGACAGCUGCGGCCUCACUGCCCAAGCCUGUGAGGACCUCUCCUCCACGCUGGGGCGCAACCAGACCUUGACGGAGCUCUACCUGACCAACAACGCGCUGGGGGACGCGGGCGUGCGGCUGCUCUGCCAGGGCCUCAGACGCCCGCGCUGCAGACUCCGAGUGCUCUGGUGGUUGUUCGGGGUGGACCUGAGCGAGACCACCCACAGGCGGUUAGCAGCCCUGCGCAGGUCAAAGCCCUCCUUGGACCUGGGCUGCUGAGGGCGCUGCCUGUGCUCAGGAAGACGCAGCCAUGUCCACUCGC